CCAACGCCCUCCAGAGUUUCGCUACUCGCUUGUUUCUUCUGGUAACCUUCGAUUCGCCUCCACGAAAUCCUUCAACAAAUAAUUUGUGUGUCUUUUUGUUAAACAUCUCACUUCAUUAAACCCGUUCUUACAGCUGUGCUGCCAUAAUUGUGACCGUCUGUGCUUCAGUGUGACACAUUCCUUCUCGCCUGCGACGCGUUCAGUUCAGUACAGCUCUAACGUAUGUCAGUGUGCUGUGUUUGUUUCAACUACGCGGAAGCAUAUCCGAACGUGUGUCUAGCGACGCUCUAACGUGACUAAAUCAAGUGCGUGUAUAUCGAAAACCGUUAUAACACACGGACAAACAACAAACUUACAAACCAACACCUCGCUGCAAAAUAUAGUAUUUGUGUUGUUCUUCGUGCUCCUUGACUUUACCUUGGAGAAGCAGCUCUGUAGGUUGAGUGAGGCUGGUUUAAGGCAACAGCGUGUGGGAGUUGACAAGGAUUCAGCGAGGCCCUUGUGGUGUGUGUGUGUUUUCUGACUAUCAUUCGUGUACCGACGGCCAUGUCUGCCCCCGCAUCUCGUCGCAACAGUCUCGAAUUCGAGCGCAUGAAUUCUCACCCCAAGUGGAUCAACCCUUGCGGAAUCAGAGCUAGCGAUGAUUUCGACAGUGAGCUGGACGGCGUUCCACGUCUCAACGACAAUGAACUGCUGUCUUCGAUCAUCGUGUCAGCCAAGAACACACUAAUGCACGCAGAACGCUUCAAGGAGAACUAUGCUAAAAACACUUUCAAUGUGAAUUUCGACCAGAUUUACCAAGAAUGGAAGGCCGUGCACUACGGAUGGCUGCCGACUGCGGAAGAACUCUCCAAAAGUUUGGGAGAAAAAGUUCCAUAUGACGUGCUCGAGAAACUCGAUCUUGACAUGGCGCUGAAGGACACGUAUAGGUACCUGCAGAAAUACGCCGUCGGCAUAGAACAGGUCGUGUGGGACCAGAUGGACAGUAAUGGGCCCUUCAAGAAUCAGUUCGCAGACAUCGAGUUCAAACUGAGAGCGACGCUGUGUGAAAUCCAGGCGGCAAUGUUGGAGCGUGGAGUGGCGCAACAUGACAAUAUCACCCGGCAAAUCAUGGGAAACGAACUGCGCCAAGUAACUAACUCAUCGUACCGGAACGUGCGGGACUGGGUCAUCUUCCGGGACUGCAUGAACGGGCUGGAAUACGUGAUCCAGGUGUUCGAGUACUUCAAGGAGAAGUUGACCUCCUGAAGCACACCCAUUCUUGGACAGGAGCACCACUUCGGCGGCAAGGAUCGGCUCGACGUACACAGCAACUUCCGU